AUGGCAGGGCACACAGAGCAGCCGUCUCUAGCAGGGGCAAAAACACCUUCUUUGGAAAGAACUGCUGGCAGCGAAGCAGAAGUGCGAGUUAAAAGAGGCUGGGCAGAGACGGAUGACGAGUCUGGUGACGAAAGUGCAGCUGAGGAUGAUACAGAGUUCUUCAGUAAUGCUAGAUUGGAGGUUCUCUUGAUGUGUCGGUCAAAAGUCUGGGCGCAGGUUGCAUCUGAUUCCAAGAAGAAGACGUCAGCAAAGAAUGUUGCAAAGUGGAAGACUGUAUAUGCACACUGCGUAAAAGCAGACCCCUCCUUCCAGCUGCGGACAAUCGAGCAGCUGAAGACCGCAUACAAGAACAGGAACAAGGCAUACACGAAGUACCGCUCGGUGGCCGGUCUCAGCGGGCAAGGCCAAGAUGCUAGAGAUCGGAAAACAGGGAGGGUGAUCAAGAGGCUGCCCUACUUCGACCUCUGGGACAAGUAUCACGCGAACGAUCCAAAGGUGGCCCCAAAAGUGAGGUCGGAUGUGGGGCUUCCGGACCUGCCGAAAAAGCGGAAGUCCCCGGUGAAACCCACGCACGUUAAGAGCAAGAAGGCGAAGGGGGCUCCCGAGGGGACUGCAAGUGUACCAGUAACGGAGGAAGUUCCACCCGCAACCGAUAGAAGAGGGAAUGGGACUGGAUUCGAGGGGCAGCCUCGUGCAAGCCGGACGGGGGAGGCACCAACGGAGGGGGGGGCUGAUGGGCCAAUCGAUAUCGACACGCCGCCUUUCAAGGGAGCCUCGACAUCGCGUGCGGGAAAGAAACGAGAGCACCCUGCAGAUGAACGCCCCGGGGAUGAUGCAUACCCAAUGUCGGACUUCAAAAUGGAGUCCGCGGAAAAGCCAACGCCCCCAUCCAGAAAAAGGAAUUAUCGUGAUAGCGGUGACGAGCGCCUCUUCGAACUAGCAGAAGACAUAAGGGAGGAGGCUCGACAGGAGCAGCUCGAGCUGCAAAAGAGAGCAGCUGAAUUGGCCGCACAGCGCAAAGAAGAGUCUGAGAAGUUCACUGCCGUGUUGACAAACUUGAGUACAUCAAUGGCAGAGGCAAACAAGCAAACAAGGGACGGCAUGCAAGGCAUCUUAGAAGUCAUGCGGGAGCAGAAAACCGAGAACAACCAGAAUCAAGCGGCCAUGCGAAGCGUUUUUGAGAGAAUGCUUGACCAGAUUUCUAAGUAG